GAUGCUGACGUGCCCUGCUGAGCUCUGGUAGCUGAGCUGGUGGCAGUCAUGUGUUAAGUUUUCCUGGAUGGCACAUCGCCUGUUGAUUAACAAGUAGCCCGGGUCCAACAGAGUGGCGCUGGCUUUCGCUCUUUGGAGCUUUCAUGAAGUGCUCCGGGUACAGACUGACUUUCUUUGCUCAGAGAGCCAGAUCCUCAGCUGGGCUUCCUCCACCGCAGCUGUUGGACCCUGGCCGGGAGAGCUUUGGGAAGAUGGAGAACCGGAGGGGAGAGCUCCUGGAUGCCCUCUGGGAGGAAGAGGAAGAGGAUGGGGUGGCUGCCAGUGCCUCCUCCAGCCUCCGCCUGAGCGAAGCAGGGGACGUGCAGGUGGAGAUGCUGGAAAAGGCCAGGGAGCUCUUUCAGUUGUGUGACAAGGAGGAGAAGGGCUUCAUCACCAAGCUGGACAUGCAGCGGCUGCAGAGCGAACUGCCCCUGACCCCAGAACAGCUGGAGGCUGUCUUUGAAAGCCUGGAGCAGGACAAUAAUGGGUAUCUGACACCUGUCGAGUUCAGCAUGGGACUAGGGAAGUUCAUAGGGAUUGAGCUGUACCAAGGGUCUGGGAGCACAGAUCACUUCAGACAUGAGGAGACCUUUGAGUCAGGCUGGUCAGAUGAUUUGGACCAGACAGACGACGAAGAGGAGAAGCGAUUUUAUUCAAUGAUGGAGCAGCUCGGAGUAGCCCAGGUCUUUGAAGAUCAGAGUGAGGUUCGGGAGCUCUGGACUCGUCUUCGGAAAGAACGUCCAGAUCUCUUGGCCAACUUUGAGGAGUUCCUGUUCCAUGUUUCAGCGUAUAUCAGGGAGGUGCAUUAUGAGAAGGAAUCCAUGGAGCAGGCACUAAAGAGGAAGGAGACAGACCAUGACAGAGAAGUCAGGUGUCUUUAUGAAGAAAUGGAGCAACAGAUCAAAGCGGAAAAGGAACGACUGCUCUGCCAGGAAUCACUGAGGCACGACAGGAGCAACCUGCUGCAGAAGGAGCUGCGCAGCAAGGAGCAGGAGCUUGAGAAAAUCCUCUACCGGCAGAAAAAGCUGGAACAUCAAAUACAGUCUCUGAACUCUGAGCAGCUGGAGACCCGGGUGCAGAACGAGCGGCUCCAGCUUCUGAAUGAAAACCUCCUGGAGCAGCUGGAGAGAAGCAAGUGGGAGCUGGAGGUGGCUAAGGGGCAUCUGGAGCGUCUCCAGAAGGAGGCUCAGUGUGAACAGGAACAGAAAGACAGGGAUGUGUUCAGAGUCUCUAAGAACAUGCAGAAAGAAAAACAAAGCCUUCUUCGACAGCUGGAGCUCCUCAGACAGCUGGUUCCUGGGGAUCUUCCUCUCACUUUCCUGGAGGACAUGACUGUGGAAGAGCCUAACCAGAAGAGCUGUAAAUACUUCCUGGCCACCACAACGGCACUGAAGAAGGGGAAAGCAAGCAGAGUGAGCUUUGGAGAGGGCCGCACCUCAAGCUGCAAGCAAGAGCAGCAGCAAAUGGCAGGGGCUGGCGGGCACCCAAAGAUGGCUUCGAAAGGUGAUGUCAACUGGAGGCAAACAGCAGAUGAAUUGGACGAUGAUGCCCCAUUGUCCCCCAGAGAGCAGCCCAUUGGCACGGAAACCAUGGCACCUGAACCAGCCAGCUCUUCCCCAGAACAUCUCUUCAAAGUGGUGUUUGUGGGCAACUCUGGCGUUGGCAAGAGCUCCUUCAUCCAUCGCUUUUGUUAUGACAGGUUAUUGGCUGAGAUCAAUGCAACCAUUGGUAUUGAUUACCAGGUGAAGAGUUUAAUGGUGGAUAACACACAGGUGGCCUUGCAGCUGUGGGACACAGCGGGCCAGGAGAGGUUUCGGAGCAUCACCAAGCAGUAUUUCCGGAAGGUGGAUGGUAUCUUUGUGAUGUAUGACAUCACUGAUGAGUGCUCCUUCAUGGCUGUGCGGAACUGGAUGAGUAGCAUCCAGGAAGGGAUUGAGGAUGGGGCCAUGAUCUUUCUGCUUGGAAACAAAAUGGAUGCAGCAGAGAGAGAGACUCUGCACGUGCCCAAGACGGAGGGGGAAAGGCUGGCAAAGGAAUACAAGGCUGUCUUCUAUGAGUGCAGCGCUAUGACUGGCUAUAACAUCCAGGAGCCCAUGCUGCAUAUGGCAAGGCUGCUGACAACUCAAGAGGAUAAGCAGAGGGAAAGUGCCCUCCACCUGGAAGAGUACCACAAGAGGAAGGGAUGCUGCAUGUGACGGAGCAAAGAGCAUCCCUCAGGAGCAUGUGGGGGCUGCACAUGGCUGGCUGGCUAUCAGCUCCACAGGGACUCAAGGGAGGUGAACGCUUUUCUCAAGAGGGAAUAUCCAGACGUUAAAACGAAACAAACUUGUUGCAACAGAAUAAUUCUAAUCUACCCCCACCACCUCAUACAGCUGCAGCAUUCCCCCUCUCCCCUCCCCCCCCCCCCCGGGACAUACUGCUUGAGAUGUUGCAUUGGCUGCACAGAAAUUGGUUCUCCCCUUUGCUUGUUUCUUUUGUGUCUCGCCCUCCAAAGGGAAACACACACAGGUGAACGGAGGGUGCCUCUAACACUCCGUUUUAAAUAAACUAAAGCAGUGUCCAACUGUGUAAUAAAGAGAUGAUUAUUUUAAACUUGGAAAUCA